AUCCGCAGUUUGAGAUGAAAAUCCGAAAAGAUCCGUGCGAAGCAAAGGGACAGAAGAACCAGAGCAAACAGAAGAGUAAAAUUUCUCACUUUUUAUCCUGUGUGCGGUGAUUAUUAUUUGAUUUUGCGGUCCACUUUUAUAUUGAAAGUCUGUUGUUUGUAAAUUAUUUGUUACACUUGCUUGUUGACCGUCAGUUACGCGUAUUACUUGCUCUGUCGGGCCGGAUUAGAGUCCGAAAAAGUGAAACUUUCUGUCGGUGACUUUCAUCCUGUGCAUCCAUCAUCUCACCUGUACCAUCAUCAUCUCCAGAGCAGCAGCAGUGGUUUCGAGCAAAAAAGGAGAAAAAAGCAUUGGCUUAUCACAUUUGCCAUUAGCGGAAUUCAAAAUGAGUUUCUUAUUCCGAUCCAGUAAAACCUUCAAGCCCAAAAAGAACAUACCGGAAGGCACCCAUCAGUAUGAUCUCAUGAAACAUGCAGCCGCUACAUUGGGAUCUGGCAAUCUCCGCAAUGCUGUGCAGCUUCCCGAUGGAGAAGAUCUCAACGAAUGGGUUGCAGUAAACACUGUGGAUUUUUUCAAUCAAAUUAACAUGUUGUACGGCACAAUUACGGAAUUUUGCACCGAAGAUUCUUGCAGCAUCAUGUCAGCCGGCCCCAAAUAUGAAUACCAUUGGGCAGAUGGGCAGACGGUUAAGAAACCCAUCAAAUGCAGUGCCCCCAAAUAUAUUGAUUAUCUUAUGACCUGGGUCCAAGACCAGCUGGACGACGAAACGCUGUUUCCUUCGAAAAUUGGUGUUCCUUUUCCGAAAAAUUUUAUUCAAAUAGCUAAAACUAUCCUCAAGCGGCUCUUCCGAGUGUAUGCCCACAUCUACCAUCAGCAUUUCUCUGAAGUUGUUCGGCUGAGUGAAGAGGCCCAUUUGAACACCUCGUUCAAGCAUUUUAUCUACUUUGUCCAGGAAUUCAAUUUAAUAGAUCGACGAGAGUUGGCGCCUUUGCAGGAUCUGAUCGAUAAACUCAUCACCAAGGACGGUCGAUAAGUUCUCGAGAGCAGCGCAAACAAAAGCAAGCGAACAACAUGAACAACUGCACCGUAUUUCAGUAGUAAUAACAAGUAAAUCCAUUUACUCCAAUGUCAUGUUUUUAUGAUCAUCAUCAAAUUACUUUUAUAGGCGCCUUUGUACCCUAUGUUGUACGCAUUUUGUUCGUGUAGCGUUCUAACACCUCGUCCACUAUUUCACAGUUUUAUUUUAGUUAUUUAAAGUGUUAUUUUUAAACUACGCAAACUGUAGAAUAAAUGUUAAUUUUGUGUAUACAAUCAAGUAAAAGAAACAAGGGCUCAUCCACAAUUUAUAUGUAAAUAUUUAUUUUGGAAGCAAGCUACAAACUUGGAAAACUAUUUCAACCUAGAAUUCAUUUGAGAAAAUGUUGCUAAAGCUGUUGGUAAUUAUUUUUUCGUACUCGAUUUUUGAAACUACCGAAGUUCGGUAGUCUGUUUUAAAGCUCGGUAAAACUUUUAUCGAAAUCCUGACACAUAAGUAGUCGAUAAUUUCUUAAUGUAAAAUCACAGAAAAUAAUCCACGGCGAACAUCUUCCUAGUGAUCUAACUCAUUUCGUCAUGCUUGCCUUUUGUUUCAAUUACACAGCAAUCUCAUUUCGGCAAUUACUGCGCUCGAUGCGUCCGAAAGCUAUAAAAUGGCGGACGCGGCAGACUUCAUAUCCUACGCGAACAGUUGAAUACGUCAAAUUAGUGCUUAUUAUAAAUAGAAAUAUUCCCUCUGCGCGUUUAGUUCCUAAGUUCAAUCUGCUUAAUUGUUUUCCCCCUACUUAAUUGUUUGCGAUACCAACUAGUUAUUCUAAAAUGCUCCUAAUAUGGCUGAGGUGAUCACCGCAGAGGCAUUAUUAAAACUGAUAAGAGCUGCAUAAUAUCUAUAUACAACAAUAAAGUGUAACGAUCAAAUUGCGUAAUUUGAUGUACGACGACUGAUAAAAUAUGAAAUGGAAAUAUAAAUUUGUACGAAAUUAACAUAAUUCCUUUAAUCCUGAAAGAAAAUCCUGCAUGUCUGAUCGUUUUAUGUAUAUUAUUAGGUCAUUUUACAUUGAAAUUCCAUGGGAGGCUUGGCCAGAGUCUACGCUUCAUACAAUGCUGAUUUUAAAGUAAUAGUCAUGCUAUGCGAACUUCGGUAUACCGAAGACGUACACAGUAAGGAAUGUGACGUCAUGUUUGCGAAGUUGUGAACAUUUUUUUUUAACAGAUAUGACGUCGCGAUCUGCUGAUCAAUAUCAGUAUGUUUACGGCAAAUACAGGUGAACAUGUACCUGUGAAAUAGAAGGCAUUGAUACAGUACACAAUCAACUGAUUGAAGAUCAAAAAAAAUAGUUAGACAUAGAAAAAAAAUUGUAAGAAUCAAAUAAAGCUUUUGUAUUUAGAAAUAAAAAAAAAUAGUUGAAAUAUCAAGCUGAACUCCUCAUAAAUGCCAAAUCGAACGAAAACCAAUCAUCGUUGGAUUAUAAAUUUGCGUAGAAACUUAAAAUUCACAAAGCAACCAUUUUGGUACGCAGUACAGAAUCGCUUCAGAUGUUAUAACUUUUAGGAAUGUCAAAAAUUUCAAUUUAGACUGGCAAAAUUGAAAAUAUGUCCACUAGAAACCAAUGUACAUCGUCUUGGCCGUUUGGUUUGGAGUACAAACUUGGCCAUUUUGUAUAAAAAAACAGCUGGUGGUCUUAUUGUUUUGUCGGAAACUGUACAUAAUAAUUUUGAAGGAAACUUUCUUCACGAUCUAUCUAACUCUCCCCUCUCUCGUUCUCUUUAGAUUAUUUAAAGAUUACAAUGAAUCUUUCACAAUGUUUUCCAACAUACAUAGAUAGGACAAUGUGUUUGAAAAUAAAUUUGUUUAAGAAUCACAAUAGUAAACGUGAAUACGGCUUAUUUAUAAGCGUCAUUUUGAAAAGUUGAGCAAUUAUUUUUGAACAUUAGGGCAGUUAGGGGCCGUUCAUAAACCACGUAGACUUUUUGGGUUGGAGGGGGGUGGGUUCUGGCCAAAGUACGCUCCAUACAAAUUUCAAAAUUUUUGUAUGGACAAAAGUCUACGAGGGAGGAGGGGGGUCUGAGAUGGCUAAAAUUUGGUCUACGUGGUUUAUGAACAGUCCCGUAUGCAAUUUUCUCACUAAUUAUGUGUAUCGAUAUCGUACUUCCGAAAAAGUGUAAUUUUAUGCAUAAAUAACAAUAUUUAUAGAACUUUUGAUGACGAAAUCGGGUUUAGCGAACACUUGGCAGCUAUAAACAUUCAUUCGAAUAUUCAUCACAUGUGUGAUACAACUACGGUAACAAAAGUUUGGAAGUGUCUAUGAAGAUCGCUUAACACGCAGUUUCGGAAAAUAUUGACUUAAAUACAGAAAUAUGUAACUAAUUGGCUGUAAAAUAUGUAAACUCAUCAUUCAAUAACCCUUGAGCAAGGUGAUGGCCUUUUUCCACAAAUUGUUUAAAGUUUAAAGCGUUAUUUUUAACAAAUAAAAAUGGACCUCUCGUCGAUCAAUUUCACCCCACUGAUCAAUUUCACCCGAAAUCACGGUAUGUAUUAUUACAGGGGGUGGCUAAAAUGUUUAGGAUAGGCAACUUUUCUUUUCUCUCACAGAAAAGUUCAACAAGCUGUAAUUUUUCAGAGAGGAAAUCAAAAACUCAUUAGUUAAUCUCGCGAAGCUAGUACCGUUUUAAAAUAUGUACCGUAAAACGGAGUAUCAUUGAUCAACGGGGUAACAUUGAUCGGCUUGACGGACCUCAUGAAAUGUUCAAACAAGCAUUUUACAUCGAAUCUGUUUCUGCUAUCGAAUGGUAUAUCGUAAUCUGCUAUUGUUUAGCUAUUAAAUGACAUGUAAUUCUUGAAAAUUUAAUUUCAUAAACAUUGAAAUAAAUCGAUUUUCCCAUAAUUGUGUUUCCGUUUCGUAACGCAGUGAGAUACGUGGUCAAACAUUCAUGCAUAACAUGAAUACUAGAUACAAUAUGAGGUUCGAAAUCACUGUAUUACUUCAACAUGAUAUCCUAGAGUUGGAUUUAAUAAACGAAACUUUUAUAAAAAUGCUCUUUUUCAGUAAAAUAUACGAUUUAUUAAAAGUAGACCAUCAAAUCCUUAAGCCAUUGCCUACCUUUAGGCGUUAUUCGCGGUUUGAAGGAUUUUAAUCUUAAAAUAACUCAAAAAGUACAUAAUUUGUAAGAAUUUGAACAACAUAUUCGAAAUCAGCGACCACGAAUUUAGUAAGUAAGAGUAUUUUGAUCCCAAACGAGCAUUGAUCACUGACAUGAUCAAUGUUACCCCAAAUCAACAAAAUCAAAAAUUAGAUUAAAAAGUCUAUUUUAACAUGUUUAAAAGUUUUACAAUACUUUUCCGAGUAGUUUAACACAUAAUCAGAGGGCCAGUACUUGUUUUAAAAAUAUACAACAUGUAACAUUUGCUUUAACAAGAGAAUUAUUUAAGAUAGGUCGAAAAUUCUGAUCAAUGUUACCCCGGAUUACGGUACUAAUGAUGCACAUAUAGUAGGUUCACAAACAGUCAAAAUUUGAGAAUUUUUAAAAAGUUACAGAUUGUUUAACUUUUUUGUGAGAGAAAAAAAGUUGCCUAUCCCAAACAUGUUGGCCAUUCCCUGUAUAGGGUACGAGUGCCAUCAGUUAUCUCAUCAGCUCCCAUAUUAUUCCUAUUCGAAAACAAGCGAUUACGGUACCGAUUGAUUCCGUUCUUUUUGGUUUCAUGCUAGGCUGACCAGAUAGUAACAAGUUAAAAACGGGACAUUUUAACUGAAAAUACGGGACGUAUAAAUUACUUAUGCGUGAAAUUGUUCAAGACACAUUAGGAUGCGGUUAUAUUUCGAUAUUUGAAAGAUUCAUUCAGAAACGUCUCUGAAACGAGGAAAAUCGGAUUAUACUGCUCGAUUAUCCUCUUGUAUCAGACAACACUUUGGGAAAAUGAGAGUAUUCCAGAGAGAUCUAGAGGAAUGGUGAGCAACACUUCGAAAACAGAUUAACUCUCGUUAUAUCUGUCUCGCCCCUAGAUGAAAACAAAUAAAUUAGACGUUUCAGUUAAAGCUUUCAAACUUCUAAAAAACAAUGCUCUACAAACUUCUAAGAAGCCUUAUUUUUAAAAGAACUACUCUAUAGAUUCCAAGUCGGUUGAAAAAUACAGAAAGUUUUCUCAAAGUCACAUUUUAUCUAAAUUUGUGUUGGCUGAAAUUCGUAUCACUUUUUCUCUAGGGGCAAGACAGAUGUAACGAGAGAAAUUCUUCGCUAAAUGUAUUGCUCAGAAUUCCUCACACUUUCUCAGAAUUUCUCCCGUUUAAGCCAAAGCGUGACCAGACAUUAACAUAAAAUCACAAAGUGUUGAAUGUGCUGAAUGACAAUGAACUUUUUGGAUCAGAAAAAGUUCCACCGGAUUUCUCAGAGUUGUUCGCGUUUGCACAGUGUCUUGUCCCUAGAUUUUCUGUAAUUUGGAACCACAAGAACACAAGAAUCUAACCAUCUGAAAGUUUUCCAAAAAUAACCGCAAUAUGUCUCAAAAUUAUAUAUCGGUUUAAUGUUUCAGUAAACUUAAGUAGAUGAAUGACUGAAAGCUCUAAAAUUUCUUUAUGUUAAGUUUUUAAUGCUAUUUCUUUAAAAGAGUCAUAAUUAAGUCCAUUUAUGUUUUCCCUAUAUUUGUGGAUAUUUAUGGAAUUCUUCAUAAUGUUUUGAUUUCAUAAGCUUCCGGUGAAUCAUAUUGAUUGAGUGACUAUUUGACUUAGUUUUAGACCCAUUUGGCAUGACUUGAUAUUCCAUUACAUAAAUGAUGUUAAAAGUUGCAGACUCCCGUUGGGAAAUUUAAAUAGUUAUUUCUAAUAUCAUAAAAUUUCAUGGCCUAAGAUUACACAAAUUACAUUUUAAAUUUGUUGAGAAUUUAAGUAAAGUCACAAAGAAUUAACAAACAAGAUUUUUUUUGUAAAUUGCAGUCAGAUCUUUGGCCAGAUUUAACUGACGGAAAUAUAAAUAUUUUCAAAUCAAGGAAUAAAUAUCUUUAUUUAUUAAAAAAAUAAUAAAACAAUAUUUGAAUAAAAUAUCUUAAAAAAUUUAACUUCCAUUUUUAUUAAAACUGAAAUACUGGUUUUCCGUAGAAUACGGGACAUUUUGACCUUUUUCUCCAAUAUGACGGGACACCUCUAAAAGGUAAUAAAAACGGUACUGUCCCGUUAAAUACGGGACGUAUGGUCAGCCUAUUUCAUGCUCACUUUUCACAAAAAAUACAAAAAUAAUAAACAACCCAAACAGAGUGCUUCAAUUCUUUGUUUUCAGUGGGAUGAAAAAGAAAGCUACAUGCUUAAUAAGGAAACCAAUACCCUAUUUGAAAAAUAGCUCUUCCCUGUGAUUGAAUUUGUUUCAAUUUUAAAAAGAAAGAGAAUUACAAAGUUUAGAUAGUUUUAUUUAACAAUUAUAAAGUAAGACACCUGCAAAACGUUAUUGUGCAUUUCAGUAAAACUAUUUGUGACACUGUAUAUGUAAAAGAGGACUGAUUUUCAUAGCUUUUUAUCCGCUCUAAUAUAUAUA